AUGAGUUUGACUAAGCUAUCGAAAUCCAUAAUCAAGCUCUCUGGUCAGGAUACCACGUCCUUCCUUAAUGGGUUAGUCACCACGAGAUUUCUACCCAAUAUCAUUAAGAAAAACCAACACACAAUCUCCGAUGUCGACAUUCGUCAUGCCCAUUUGAACGAGAUUUUAGACUUGAAAAAAGACUGGGGAAUAAUGCAUGAAGACUUAUACGACCCUGAAAAUCAUAUAAUGAUCCGUCGUGAUGGUGUGAGCUCAAUGUUCUUGAAUGCUAAAGGUAGGGUUUUGACUGACUGUUUCAUAUAUCCAUAUGUAACGCCCAAACAAGAUCCUCAGUUUAUGAUUGAGGUAGAGAACUCCAUCACCAGUAAGUUAAUGUUCAUGCUUAACAUGUACAAGUUGGGCGCCAAGGUGAGUUUUGAGGAAACUUCACUCAAACUGUAUUACUUGUACCAUGAUAGUGUGGAAUUCGAUGAAUAUUUGGAGGACUUACAGGCCAAAUACUGUUUCACAUUUAACCCCAAAGAUGCCAACAAACAAUCGGCCCAGAUGAUUGAAGAUGAAGUGCUUGUAAAUAAAAAGGAAGCUGGUAAGUUGGUAGGGUUGGCAAUAGAUAAUAGGAUCCCCAACUUUGGGAUAAAGUUGGUAACUGAUGGGGAAAUAGAUGAGAGUUUCUUGAGUGAUUCGUUCAAAGCUCAAUUUCCUAUUAAAAUGGUAGAGGAGACGGAAUAUAGACAACGGAGGUUCUUAAAUGGGUUAUUUGAAGCGAGUGAUGCUCCUAAGAAUUUCCAAUUGUUACCUUUUGAUAUGAAUAUCGAUUAUAUAAAUGGAAUGUCUGCCGAUAAAGGGUGUUAUGUUGGUCAAGAAUUGACUAGUAGAACAUACAAUGGGGGAGUUUUGAGAAAACGAAUCUUUCCUUUCCAAUUUUUUGAAUUGACUGAUGAAAAGUUGGCUCAAGUUGACGAAUUAGAUCAUUUGAAACUCGAAAUCAAUGAUUGUGCUACAGAAGAUUUGAGUAGUACUGGUUUGGAGAAUCUUGAGGUCACACCAUUGAUUGAAAAAGAGGUUUCAGAAGAAGCCGUGGCAUCUCCGUUUGGGAAAAUGAAGAAACGGAAACUGAAUAUCGGGAAGAUUCUCUCCGUUCAAGAUAACUUGGGUUUCAUUCUCUUGAGAUUGGAGUCUGUUAAAGAAACCUACUUCAAAGUGGAAGUGCCGUGUCUCAAUACGAAAUACAUUGGUAUUAAGAUAAUGAGACCUAAUUGGUGGCCAGAAGACGAUAGGUUUUAA